CGCGCCCUAUUCUUUCAAACAUGCGUAGCCUACCUUACUUUUCCGCGUACACAAACCCCUCCUGGCACCAGUGGGUGUGUUCUCUGAAAUUCAGUGUGGUACUCCAUCCCCACUGCAGUAAAGGAAUUGGAGAGAGACAGAUGCGUGUUCACAUCCUGGAGGGGAUCGCCAAGGCAUACGUCUCUGAGCUGGUGUGUUUACCUAAACGGCAAGGUCAUUCUGUGUCAUCAUAAUGAGUCUCAGUGGACGAUCCAGCCCUCAUGACACAGAGGCCAGGGAGCAGGAGAGGUCUCCCUCCCCUGUGUCCAGCUGUGUGUCAGCGAGGAGUGAUCACUCCAUGGAUCUGCCUUCUAACUUCAGGGAAAUCACUCUGGUGCCUCAGUCAGGUGGACAAACACAGAUUUCACCGCAGAGCAGAUACAGAAACGCACACGAGCUUGAAGUUCAUGAAAACCUCAAGUUAACUAUGAAGAGGAAGUUUGCGUGUGUGUAUGAGGGGCAGGCUGAGGCUGGAUGUCACUCUCUGCUCAGCGACGUCUACACUGAGCUCUACAUCACCGAGUGCAUAGGCGCUGACGUGAACACAGAACAUGAGAUCCGGCAAAUCGAGAUGGCAACCAGGAGACCAACAGCCGACACGCCAGUACACUGCAGCGACAUCUUUAAACUCACACCAGGAGCAGGCCAGCCCGUUCGAACAGUGCUGACGGGAGGAAUUGCCGGCAUCGGUAAAACCAUCACCGUGCAGAAGUUCAUCCUGGACUGGGCCGAGGGAAGAGCCAAUCAGGACCUCCAUCUGCUGCUCCCGCUGCCCUUCCGGGAGCUCAACCUGCUGGCGGGAAGAUCGCUCAGCCUGGUAAGCCUCAUGCAUCACUUCACCGGCAUCCCGCAGAUCUGCGACACCGACCAACACAAAAUCGCAUUCAUCUUUGAUGGCCUUGAUGAGUGUCGACUUCCUCUGAGUUUCCGUAGCAACCCUGCGGUGCGUGAUAUCGCAGAGGUCUGCUCCGUGGACGUUCUCCUGACUAGCCUGAUGAAAGGCGCUCUGCUCCCCUCUGCUCUCCUCUGGGUGACCUCUCGGCCCGGAGCAGCGCGCAGGAUCCCCUCGGCCUGCAUGGACCUUCAGACGGAAAUCCGUGGGUUCAGCGAUGCACAGAAGGAGCAGUACUUCAGGAGGAAAAUUCCUGAGCCACGUUUGUGUGGGCAGAUUAUUUCGCACGUGAAGUCAUCACGGAGCCUGUACAUCAUGUGCCACAUUCCAGUCUUCUGCUGGAUCUCUGCCGUUGUCCUGCGGCAAAUACUCUCAUGCGCAAAUGCAGGGGAGAUUCCCAAAUCUCUCACGGAGAUGUACACACACUUCCUGAUCAACCAGUCAAACACCAAACACGAGAAGUAUGCAGAGGCCAGAGCCGAUGAUGGGGAAAUGGUUCUCAAACUAGGGAAACUGGCCUUUCAACAACUGGAAAAGGGGCACCUGAUCUUCUAUGAGGAGGACCUGGCAGAGUGUGGCAUUGAUGCUGAAGAGGCCUCCGUGUACUCAGGAGUAUGCACACAGAUCUUCAGAGAGGAACCCGGGCUGUACCAUGGGAAGGUCUACUGCUUUGUGCAUCUCAGCAUUCAGGAGUUUCUUGCUGCUUUAUUCCUGUUUGUCUCCUUCAUCAAAGGUUCAAAGGUCACAGGAGAUCAGCGCAUCACAUACAUCUGUGAUGCCGAGAGCCUGUCUGACCUCCACAGGCACGUGGUGGACGAGGCUUUGCGGAGUGAGAGCGGACACCUGGACCUUUUCCUCCGCUUCCUACUGGGACUGUCUCUGGAGUCCGCCCAGGUGCUCCUGCAACGCCUGCUCCCCCAGCUGACCCUCAGCAGCCCCGGAAGCAGAGACGAGACGGCCAGGUACAUCAAGCAGAAGAUCAGGGCGAACCCUGGCACAGAGAAAUCCAUCAACCUCUUCCACUGUCUGCAGGAGCUGAACGAGCUCUCGCUGGUGCAGGAGAUCCGCAGCUACGUCAGCUCAGAGUGUGUGUCCAGGGUGCGUCUGUCGCCUGCGCAGUGGUCAGCACUGGCCUUCGUGCUGCUGACCUCUGAGGUGAAGGAGUUGGAGGAGUUUGACCUGAAGACAUACGCCCGGUCAGAGGAGUGUCUGCUCAGUCUGCUGCCGGUUGUCAAAGCGUCGAGAACCUCCCGGCUGAAUAAGUGCAACCUGACGGAGAGCUGUUGCACAGCACUGGCUUCUGUUCUGUGUUCAAGCACUUCCUGUCUGAGAGAGCUGGACCUGAGUACCAACAAGCUGUACAACUCAGGAGUGGAGCAGCUUUGCACUGGACUUCAACACCCACACUGUAAACUGGACACACUAAGGCUGUCAGAUUGCGGACUGACAGAGGAAGCGUUUGUUCUGUUGGCUUCAGCCAUAACCUCUAACCCCUCUCACCUGAGAGAGCUGGAUCUGGGAAGGAGUUCUCCCGGAGAUUCAGGAAUAAAACUCCUGUGCUCUGUGUUCGAAGAACCUGAGUGUGCACUGGAGAUACUGAAGAUUUCCAGGUGUGCAGUCACAGAAGAGGGCUGCAUGUCUUUAGCCACUGCUCUGAGGUCAGACUCAUCCCGGCUGAAAGUGCUGGACCUGAGCGAGAAUGAGCCGCAAGACGCAGGAGUGGAGUUGAUCUGUGGUGCCCUUCAUCACAGCAAACUCCAAUCUUUUAAGCUGAGUAAGUGUGAUGUGUCAGAGGGAGGCUGUGAGGCUCUGGCCAUGGUGCUGUCCUCAGAGAUGUGCAGUCUCACAGAGCUGAACCUGAGUUUCAAUACCUUAGAGGAUUCAGGCAUAAAGCUGCUCUGUUCUGCCCUUAAGUCUCCGUGGUGCAAACUGGGUUUGCUGUGCCUUUCUGGCUGUAGCAUCACAGAAGAGGGGACCUGUGCUCUCGCCACUGCCCUGAGAUCAAACCCAAGCCACCUGCGGAAGCUUGAUCUCAGUCAGAAUGACCCCGGAGACACAGGAGUCCACAAGCUCUCCUCAUAUCUGCAGGAGCCAGAAUGCAGACUGGAGAAACUCAACCUGGGUUGGAGUGACCUGACGGAUGAGAGCUGCUCAGCUCUGGUCCCUGCCCUCACCUCUGACUCCAUGGCUCUCAGAAAGCUGGACCUGAGCCGCAACCCGCUGGGAGACUCAGGAGCCACAAUGCUCUCUGUUGCUCUGUCUCAUCCACACUGCCACCUGGAGAAGCUCAGGCUUUUUGACUGUGGCAUCAGGGAGGAAGGAGGUGCCGCUCUGGUUUCAGCCCUCGGCUCAAACUGCACACACCUAUUGGGUCUGGACCUCAGCAGGAACCAGCUGGGAGACGGCGUCAUGCGUCCUCUGUGUACUGUGCUGAAAGACCCAACGUGUCAACUCAAGAACUUAAGCAUGUCAGUUUGUGGUAUCACAGCGAAGGGUUGUGUUCCACUGGCCGAAGCAUUAAGUUCUGGAACGUCUCGUCUGGAAAGACUGGACAUGACGGGGAACGAGCUACGUCAAGAGGCAGUGCAACUCCUCUCAGCCUCCAGAUCAUCACUCAAGACUCUCCAGCUAUCGGAGGUGAGCCCUAAGUAUAAGCACAUCAGGACUCUGGCCGCGGCGCUGAGCAGUGGGGCACUGAGAGAGCUGGACCUGAGUCACCAGGAUUUGGAUGAUUUAGGCCUGACGCUCAUCACAGAGGCACUGAGGGGGCCUGACUGCAGCCUGGAGAUCCUGAGGUUGUACAAUAAUAGAAUCAGCUCGGCUGGCUGUGCCAGUCUGUCCUCUGCCCUGAGAGAGAACCCUCAGCCCCUCAUACUGGACCUGAGUGGGAACGAGCCCGGAGAGGAGGGAGUGGAGCUGCUCUCAUCUGUCAUCAGAGACAAGCACAGCCAACUACACACACUCAAGUUGAAUGAGUGCAACCUGACAGAGAGCUGCUGUGGAGCUGUGGCCUCUAUUCUGAUUGGCUCACAUCUCAAAGAGCUGGCGCUGAAUUAUAACGACCUACACGACGCCGGGGCGAAGCUGCUGUCCGAGGGCCUACAGAGCGCCAGCUGCACACUGGAGGUUCUCAGGGGCUACUAUCUACGGUGGCAGCUUGGGGACACCCUAGUGGUUGGGAGUUCAGUCUACACAUUCACACACCAAUGGCAGGGGCUAACCUGCGCAUCAGGAGCAGUUGGGAGUUCAGUGUCUCGCUUCAGGGCACUUUGACACCCGGUGAAGAGGAGAACCUCCUGUUGCUAAACGACUCCUCUACCUCCUGAACCACUCUCGCCCCCAUUAUGAUACAGAGGUCCUAUUUUACAUUGGAUGCUCAAGGGCUUGUGUGAGGCACCAGGACCAUGCAUUAUGUUUGCCUGCAUCAUCACAAAAACACGACAUGAAUGUCUGUAAAGGUUUGAGUGUAUGCACACUGGGUGAGAAGGAAUGUCUGUACAGGUUUGAGUGUAUGCACACUGGGUGAGAUUCCUAUUCUAUCAAGCGGGGGAUUAUUUGUCGUUCCAUAUAAAUCCAAUG